AUGGCGAGUACGAGUGGGACCAAAGAUGAGUUGGGUCCACCGAGGUCGAUGUCAAGGAGGAUGACGAGGAUUUCCGCUAUGGAUGAACCUGAUGAUGCCGAUGUUAUUGUUGACAGUGAGCUUGUCCCUUCUUCCCUUGCUUCUAUUGCUCCUAUCCUUCGGGUUGCCAAUGAGAUCGAGAAGGAUAAUGACAGAGUUGCUUACUUGUGCCGGUUUCUUGCAUACGAGAAGGCUUAUAGGAUGGAUAACAAAUCUAGUGGACGUGGUGUUCGCCAGUUCAUGACAUACCUACAGCAUAGACUUGAGAAGGAAAAAGAAAUGACAAAACCUAGACUAGCACAAAAUGAUGCUAAGGAAAUCCAAAAAUUCUACCAGAUCUUCUAUGAGAGAAACAUCAAAGACAACAAAUACUUAAAGAAACCUAUUAAAGAACGUGGUACCUGGUUCAAAUUCGAGCCAAAGACUCAACACUACGCACGUGAUGUAGAGGAAAACAAAAAGCAAUAUGAACCCUAUAACAUUCUUCCUUUGUAUGCCGUUGGAAUUACACCAGCAAUUAUGGAGAUUCCCGAGAUAAAAGCGGCUCUUCGAGCAAUUCGCACUAUGGAUAACCUUCCAUCUGACUCAGAAAAAUCUGUUAAUGAUAUUCUCGAGUGGUUAUCAUCAAUUUUUGGUUUUCAGAAAGGAAACGUUGCAAAUCAACGGGAACACUUGGUAUUGUUACUUGCAAAUAUUCAUAGAAGGUUGAAGGGUGUCGAAGACUAUGAACAGUUGGGUAGCCAAACGGUAAAGCAUUUAUUGGAUAUUACUUUCAAGAACUAUGUCUCAUGGUGUCAUUAUUUGCACCGAACAUCAAUCAUUGAUUCAAAUAAGGUUCCACCUAGUGCUGAUAGGCAGCAGUUGCAUCUUCUCUACAUUGGACUCUAUCUACUCAUCUGGGGUGAAGCUUCAAACAUACGGUUCAUGCCUGAAUGCCUUUGCUAUAUUUUUCAUAAUAUGGCAAAAGAAAUGCAUGAAACUUUAUUUGGCAAAGUCCAAUCUGUAAGUGGAGGGAAAAAUCAAGCUGCAGCAGUUGGUGAGGAAGCAUUUCUGUGUGAUGUCAUCUCACCUAUUUUUGAUGUUCUUCUUAAGGAAGCCAGGAGAAAUCAAGGUGGCAAUGCAAGCCAUGCUUCAUGGAGAAACUAUGAUGAUCUUAAUGAAUAUUUUUGGUCUGACAAAUGCUUUAAGUUAGGCUGGCCAAUGAAUCGCAAAUCUGACUUUUUUAUUCACUCCGAUGAGUCAUCGCGCCAUCAUGUAGGGCGCAAUCAAGUUGUAAAGAAGACUAAAACAAAUUUUGUUGAAGUGCGUUCAUUUUUGCACCUUUACAGGAGUUUUGAUCGGAUGUGGAUAUUCCUCAUAUUGGUCUUGCAGGCUAUGAUCAUUGUUGCAUGGCAUGGAGAUGGAUCAAUCUUUGGAAUUUUGGAUGAAGGUGUCAUCAAAAGUAUCUUCAGCAUAUUCAUUACUCAUGCCAUACUUAAUUUUAUCCAAGUUAGUCUAGACAUAAUCCUUAGUUUGAACGCAUGGAGGAGCUUAAAACCUACACAGAUUCGUUGCUAUAUUUUCAAAUUUGUUGUAGCUGCUUUUUGGAUGGUAAUCUUGUCCAUUUGUUACUUAAGAUCAGUUCCAAAUCCAACAGGAUUUGUGAAGUUUUUCAGUACUUUGGGAGGAAAUUGGAGAGGGCAAUUACUUUAUAAUUAUCUUAUAGCAAUUUACUUGAUACCCAACUUGCUGGCUGCCUUGCUAUUUCUGCUUCCACCUAUAAGGAGACACAUGGAAAGUUCCAAUAGGCGUAUACUCACUCUUAUAAUGUGGUGGGCACAACCAAAACUCUAUGUUGGAAGAGGCAUGCAUGAGGACAUCUUGUCUCUAUUCAAGUAUACUCUAUUUUGGAUAGUGCUGCUAAUAAGCAAGUUCGCAUUCAGCUACUAUGUGGAGAUACUGCCACUGGUCAAGCCCACAAAGUUAAUCAUGAAAAUGCAUGUUAGCAGCUACGAGUGGCAUGAGUUCUUUCCCAACAUGACCCAUAAUAUUGGCGUUGUUAUUUCUAUAUGGGCUCCAAUUGUCAUGGUCUAUUUCAUGGAUACACAAAUUUGGUAUGUGAUAUAUGCUACUAUUAUUGGUGGAAUCUAUGGGGCCUUCAGUCACUUGGGUGAGAUACGGACACUUGGCAUGCUGCGGUCAAGAUUUAAAUCGGUUCCUUUAGCUUUCUGUGAACGCCUUAUGCCUGUGCAAAAAAAAGAGCCUAAAAGAGAUCACGUGGAAGAUCAUUUAUUGGUGACCAGAAAGAGCAUAGCAAAAUUUUCACAGGUGUGGAACGAAUUCAUAUUUUCAAUGCGGAUAGAAGACUUGAUCAGCAACAGUGAGAGAGAUCUGCUUCUUGUACCAUAUACCACAAGUGAUGUUCCAGUUGUCCAGUGGCCACUAUUCAUGCUUGCUAGUAAGAUCCCCAUUGCAUUAGACAUGGCCAAAGAUUUCAAAGGAAAGGAAGAUGGAGACCUGUUCCGGAGGAUCAUUGGUGAUGAUUAUAUGCGGUCAGCAGUGAUGGAAUGCUACCAAACACUUAAGGAAAUAUUAUUUGAACUCAUUGAUGAUGACCGAGAUAAUAUGAUCAUACAGCGUAUAUGCCAUGAAAUAGAAACUAGCAUUCAACAGCGAAUGUUUUUGAAUAAAUUUCGUAUGAGCGAAUUGCCUUUACUAAAUGAUAAGCUGGUGAAGUUCUUGGAUCAUCUGCUAGCAGACAAUGUUGAUGAUGAGAAAUACACAUCCCAAAUCAUCAAUGUUUUUCAGGAUGUCAUGGAGAUUAUCAUACAAGAUGUUAUGAUCAAUAACGGGCACGAGAUACUUGAACGAGCUCACGCUCAUCAUCAUUAUAAUGACAGAGAGGAAAUAUUUGCACGAAUCAAUGUCCGAUUAACGCAAAUCAGAUCAUGGAAGGAAAAGGUGGUAAGGCUUCUUAUGCUUUUGACUGUUAAGGAAUCCGCAUUUGAUGUGCCUAGAAAUUUGGAAGCUCGUAGGCGUAUCACCUUCUUUGCAAACUCCUUAUAUAUGAAAAUGCCAAAUGCUCCAAUUGUCCGUGACAUGCUCUCAUUUAGUGUUUUGACUCCGUACUACAAAGAAGAUGUCCUCUAUUCAGAAGAAGAGCUUCACAAGGAAAAUGAAGAUGGAAUUUCAAUUUUGUUUUACCUCCAGAAGAUAUCUCCAGAUGAAUGGAAGAAUUUUGAAGAGCGAACUAAAGGUAUAUAUGGAGGAGAUAAAACAGAAGCCACACGUCAAUGGGUUUCUUAUAGGGGGCAGACUCUUUCCAGAACAGUGAGAGGGAUGAUGUACUAUAAGGAAGCUCUUCAACUUCAAUGCUUCCUAGACUAUUCAGAAGACGAUGAGAUUUUUACUGGAUUCCGGACAUUGAACAUGACUCACCAUCACAUGGAUCUCAAAGAACGUGCAAGUGCAAUGGGCUGA